GUGUUUGUUUCUGGUUUCUGAUUCCGUCUUCUUCGCUUAGACAUGGCUCUCGAUACUUAUGCGUCGUCGAACCCUAAUGAUGUUCAUGAGGAUGUUCUUCUUAAAGCUAGAGAUGCUUGUUACAAGGCCAGAGAUGCUUUUUACGCUUGUCUAGAAAAGGAAUCUGGUAAAAAACCAACUGAAAUCGCCACCGUGGGUCUUCUCUAUCCUAAGGAGUGUAGCAAUUCUAGAACCCAAUUCGUCAACAACUGUCGGUCCUCUUGGGUGAAACAUUUCGAUAGAGAGUACUGUAGGAACAAGAGAGUUCAAAGGCUGUUGGAUGAUGGAGAUGAGAGGAAAGGUCCAAUGUCACUUCCUCAGCCUUACACUUUCAAGCCUUCUCCUUCCACUUAGAAGAUUCCUUCCUUUCUGGUAUCUUAUUAACUCUUACUCAAUAUGUCCUUAUUUGACUUCAACCUUAGAUUCUUUAAUUUGUCUUAUGUUUGCAUAUCCCUCUAGUGUUCUGUGUUUUCAUCAUUGCUCUUAUGAUCAAGCUUUUUUACCUUGAUCACAUCAAAUUCGUCCUCAUUCAGGGUAGGUUUUUGUUUGUCUUUGUCAGGUGUUGAGGAAGAUUACAAUGGCCAAAUACUGUUCCUGAAUCAUUUUCUUUGCCUAGUUUUUUAGAUCUUUAUUUGUGUUGUAAGCCUUUGAACAUGGGAAUAAAGUGCCACAUUUCAAGAACCUGAUUAUUUGCCUUUAUGUCUAUUACCCAAAACUUUUGUUGAUCAAGUAACAAUAUUCUAAUUAUACAGAUGU